AUGAACAAUCAAUUGAGGCCAGUGGAUUUGGUGAAUCAACCGGCGCCAUUUCAAGACAGAUACAAGAUCCUUCACAAACUAUAUGAUCAGCUAUGCAAAUGCUACAACAGGACUGGUAGAAGCAAAAGGCUAGAACUCCUCGCGGUUAAGUUAGAGGCGCAGGUAGCGAAAAGCAGUAAAACUCCUCAAAGCUAUCGUUUCACUAUGGGCAUCUUGUUUCGAGAUUUGCUGAAGUAUAAAGGUGACUUGAAAAAGAUCUCUAUUGCUGAUAAGCCCUUGAUUGGCACCUCAAAGAUCACGCCUUCUGUGAUAACGACAAAACAUGCUGCGCUUGAGGCAUUGGGUAAACUUCUAAUGACCGAGGAACAAUUUAAGAAGAAUCGUUUUAUAACAAGGAAGAAAAUUACGCAAGAAGACCGUACAUCGUCCACAACUCAACUUCCCGACUAUGUGGUGUGUGUCAGAUGUGGGUUGAAAUUCCAGAGGAAACUGAUAAUGACACCAGCGACAUGUCGCUACCAUCCGAUGAAGAAGCAAUAUAAUAAAAUCACCAAAGUGUACGAAUACCACUGUUGUGGAGAAACCAGCAAUUCGACCUCAGAACUGAGGUUUGGCUGUAAAACGUAUACGCAUCAUGUCUACAAGCACGACAGCUAUGAAGAAUUGCGUCAAAUAUCAUCCUUUGUGGAUACAGGUUCUGAAGAGGGCCAGUCUAAUGUUUUGGCUCUAGAUUGUGAAAUGGGGUUUACGUCGCUAGGAUAUGAAAUGAUCCGGUUGACGAUUGUAGAUUUCUUCACGUGUGAGACAGUGUUUGAUAGAAUUGUGAAGCCGUUGGGGAAGGUGGUCGACUUGAAUUCGGAGUUCAGCGGUGUACACAAAAUUGACCCAAAUGACUGCUUGACUUAUGGAGAAACGAUAACGCAGGUAGUUGGUCCUGAUAUAAUAAAUAAAAACACGAUUCUCAUUGGGCAUGGUUUUGAAAACGAUCUCAAUGUUAUGCGAGUGACGCAUGACAAAGUCAUUGAUACUUCUGUCUUGUAUCCUCGGGGACACAUGAAACGGUCUUUAAAAGAUUUAUCCUUCGAGUUGUUGAGUCGUAAAAUUCAGACAGGUGAGCACGAUAGUUCACAGGAUGCUAUUGCCACAAUGGACAUUAUAAAAAAAAGUUUGGGUAUAUCUUUGGAGCAAAAAGAGUGGCAAUGA